ACAGGUGACAGGACCGUUACCUAUAACGCUUGUGCAAGUCAAUUGUUUUUUACAUAUCUGUUUGCAGUAGCAGAAUUUUUCCUCCUGGCCACCAUGUCCUAUGAUCGUUAUGUGGCCAUCUGCAAACCCCUGCAUUACAUGACCAUCAUGAACCACAGGGCCUGCAUAAAGCUUAUCUUGGGCUGCUGGCUAACUACUUUUUUGAUCAUAUUUCCACCUCUUAGCUUAGGGCUGGGUCUGGACUUCUGUGAUUCCAAUGUCAUUGAUCACUUUUUCUGUGAUGUUAAUCCUCUCCUGAAGAUCUCAUGCACAGAUACAUGGAUCAUAGAGCAGAUGGUUCUUGCCUGCUCUGUAGUGAUCUUCAUCAUGACUCUUUUGUGUGUGGUUUUGUCCUACGUAUAUAUCAUCAGAACAAUUCUAAGAUUCCACUCUGCCCAACAAAGGAAAAAGGCUUUUUCCACUUGUUCUUCCCACUUCAUUGUGGUUUCCAUCACCUAUGGCAGCUGCAUCUUUGUCUAUAUCAAACCUUCAGCAAAAGAUGAAAUGGCCAUUAAUAAGGGAGUGACAAUAGUAACUACUUCCAUUUCCCCCAUGUUAAACCCAUUUAUUUACACCCUGAGGAACAAACAAGUCAAACAAGCCUUCAAUGAUUUAGUCAGAAGAAUUCUAUUUCUCUCAAAGCAUUAG